CCGCGCCGGCCUCAGUUCAUAAUCGAUUAUCUAACAGAGCGCACGUCACACAAUGUUUACAACGCGAGUUCUCUUCGCCUGCGCGCUGCUCGGCGCAGUAGCAGCCCUACCCACAGACAAACCAACAUCCGACUUCCCCAAACAGACCGCAAUCAUCACAGAUGAUGACUUCGACAACGGAGAAGGUGGCUGGUUCAGUUUCCCACUUUUCGGAAACCUGUUUGCGCCGUUGUGGAGGCUAUUCCCGAGCUUCGCCGAUUUCGGACCGAAAAUCACUACAGACGACGACAAAUUCCAAGUCAUCGUGAACGUUAAGGACUACAAGAAGCCCGACUUGAAAGUCAAGGUGAAGGGAGACUUCAUCUUCGUUCAAGGCUCGCACGAAGCGAAACAAGACGCCCAUGAUAUCUUCGCGAGCCAGUUCUUCCAUACUUACACGCUGCCGGCCAACUCUAGCGGAUCAGAUGUCACCGCGGACCUAUCCAGUGACGGAUUCUUGAUUGUGACAGUUCCUCUGAAGGGAACUGAGAACAGAGCAAAAGAGUCCGACCGGGAAGUUCCUAUCAAUGAGACAGGAGUUCCGUAUCAGAAGGAGGUGACGCCGGCUGACGCGACCACUCAAGCAGUAUCCGAAGACGAUAGGAAAGAACCAACGACUCCUUCCGAACGCGAAGAGGUUACGGAAAAGGACAACGUUAUCCCGCACGGUAACGAAAUCUCCCCCUAAAGUGAUAUAGUCAUAAGUAUUUAAUGGUAACGCAGUAUUUUAAUAAAUAUUUUUUUUUUCUAUUUAAA